AUGGCAACACCUCAAAUAGUACUGCCUGGAGAGUAUAUCCCCGCUGGCCAGAUUCCAACAUCUCAAAAGCGCAGAAUUGGACAUGGCCUUCGACCAGACCCAGACACCGGCUCGUUCAUGGCCACUAUUGGCGGACUAUUAGACGUGGACUGGCGGAAGAAGAGCGCGCAAAUCUCGACACCCAAUGCGCGGUACAUUCCAAAACCGGGCGAUCUGGUGAUUGCACAAUUCCGAGCAUCGUCGACAGACUAUUUCCACUUAUUCAUUAAUGCGCACUCACCUCAGGCAAUUCUACCACAGCUGGCUUUCGAGGGUGCUACGAAGAAGACGCGGCCGCAGCUCAAGGCCAAUGAUCUCGUGUACGCGAAAGUGGUGUCGGCGCAGAAGAACAUGGACAUCGAGUUGAGUUGCGUCAACCCAUCGACAGGCAAGGCGGAGCCCGACGGUCUGGGCCCAUUGACCGGUGGCAUGGUGUUUGAUGUGAGCCCGGGCCUGGCGAACCGGCUACUCAAAAAGCAGAACGUUCUAGCAAUGGAUGAUCUUGGCGCCCGGCUGCAGGGUGGGUUUGAGAUCGCGGUUGGCAGAAAUGGCAAGGUCUGGGUGGAUUGUCCAGAAGCCGGGGUCAAGGGGAUCUGUGCAGUAGGAUGGUGUCUCCGACAAAUGGACGAGACAGACCUGGGAGAGAAGGAACAAAAGAAGCUGGUCAACAAGAUCAUGGCAGAAAUCGAACGCGGGUGA